UGUCUGUUUUUAGAGGUGGAUGUGAUCUGCAACAUUCAGGCUACGUCACCGUGUCUCCAUCCGUUCCAUCUGAGGGAGGCCCUGGAGAUGAUCACGCUGCAGGGCUUUGACUCGGUCUUCUCCGUGGUCCGGAGGCACCACUUCCGCUGGAAGGAGGUCAAGAAAGGAUCGGGUGAGUUGACGGAGCCGUUGAAUCUGGACCCGGCCAACCGUCCGCGGCGUCAGGACUGGGACGGCGAGCUGUGCGAGAACGGCUCGUUCUACUUCACCACCAGAGACCUGGUGAACGGAGGAAUCUUGCAGGGCGGUAAGGUGGCGUACUACGAGAUGAUGCCAGAGUACAGCGUGGACAUCGAUGUGGACAUCGACUGGCCCGUGGCAGAGCAGAGGGUUCGCAGGUACGGAUACUUCGGUCGGGCCUCGCCGGAGGUGGUUCGCCUGAUGUUCUGCAGUGUUUCCGGAUGUCUGACGGACGGGAGGAUCUUCCUGUCGGUGUCCGGAGAGGAGAUGGUGUCCAUAAACAGCAGAGACACGGAGGGCAUCCGCAUGCUGCAGAGAGAAGAGAUGGAGGUCGUGCUGUUGACCUCCAGCGCGGACCCCGUGGCCCAGUCGCUGGCGGACAAACUGGCCAAGAGGACGGGCUGCCAGGUCGUCCAGGUGAGCGAGGAGCCGCUGAACGACCUGAAGCCGCUGCUGGAGCAGAGGAGGCUGGAGUGGAAGGACGUGGCCUACAUGGGAAAAGAGAAACAGGACGUCAUCUGUCUGAGCCUGGCGGGUUUGAGCGGCGUGCCUAAUGACGGUCUGCCGGUCGCCAAAAACGCUGCAGAGUACACGUGCCGCAGCGUCGGCGGGAUGGGAGCCGUGCGGGAGUUUGCCGAGCACAUUCUGCUGCUUAAAGAAAAAGCGAAGGCGCAGAAGGAUCAGCAGCGAAUCAACCGCCACGACUUCUGAUGCCGAAUGUGAAUCAGUCUGAUCCACAUGGAAGAGAUUUACAGUUUGUGCACAAACAAUAGAAAUAAUCACAUAAUGUACUUAAAAAUAGUACUUUAAAAUGUUAUAAAUAAUAGUUUUUUAUAAGAUGUACGAAGGAGGAUUAGGCCGUGUUAAUAAAAAAAGAAAAUCUUUGAUUGAAUGAAGUAAAAAAAAAAUACGGGAAUUAAGUUGUAAUUUUUAGGGAAAAAAGUCACAAUAUUAUGAGAUUAAACUCGUAAAUUUUCCAGAAGAAAAGUGUAUUAUUACGCAGUUAAACUUGUAAAUUUACAUGGCGAAAGUUGCAGAUUGAACUGGAUAUUACUUUUUUUCUCGUACAGUUACGAGUUUAUUUAAGUAAUAUAAUAAUAAUUAAUAAUAAUAGUUUAAUCACAUA